GUGUCGGGAAGGUUGUUAUUACUGACAGUCUAUUUCUUGUCAUUACUUUUUCUACAUUUUUUUUUGUCAGUGCGUGAGGUGCACAGCCAGUUUGCUAAACUGUCGACGCGCUGAUUCAAUGGAAGUCAUAAAUAGCCCGCUCAACCUCAGCAAAAUUGGCAAUGCUAGGUGAAGAAACAGCUCCGGCCUAUGGACCUUCAUUCAGUAGGCUUACAAAGGUCUGGAAGUAUCUCCAGCAGGCCGCCACAGAAAUCUGAGCACAUCAGCAGUGCAGGAAGGCAGAUCGUUUGAUGGCUGCUGGAAAGUAUGAAGAGGCCAUAUCCUGCCAUAAAAAAGCAUCAGAUCUUUUAACUGAUGCAAUGACAACAACAGUGUGUGAACAGGCUCGCCUGUCCAUGGAGCUGCAGAGAGACAGUCAUAUCAAACAACAGCAACUGAUCCACGAGUGCUGGAAGAGAGAAACUCGACGUGAGGCACCAAAGACACAGCCGAGUUUGAUGCACCCUCCAAAUGGUCCAGGGCUUAUUUCCCAAAUGCAGUCCCCAGGCCAGACCCAGGCACACAACUCCCCGGGCAUCUCAGCUACAGAGUGCAUGGUGGCGAUCAGGGAGAGAGAGUAUGACACCUUACUCUAUCAGUUUCAGACUCGGCAGACAGGUUACCAGUCUUUAACUCCAUCAUGUUGUGGAUCUAAGACCAACAAAGAUGACAAAACUCGCCUGGAAGAACAGCAGACCACCAUUGAGGACUUAAGGCACUUAGUUGACCACCUGAUCAAUGAAAACCAACGGCUUGUGGCAGAAAAUGAGCGGCUUCAAUCAGAAAAUGCUCGACUACACGUCGAGGCAGCAGACUUUGUGGAGCGUUCUGACCUCUGGGUGCUUCCACAAGCAGGAGGCACUGUUGGAAGAGAGAGGGAGAAAGUUAGAAAGACCACUGGUAAGGGAAUCGAGAUUUCAAUCCCUCAGCUGCCACCAUUGGAAAUGCCAGCUCAGGAAGAUCUGUGUCUUGAUAAUUUACCCCCUCUGGAGCUGCCAGAGGACAUCCGAAAUGAAUUACAGGAGCUAUUGGACAGAGAUAAAUUGUGAUAUAACAGGCUUGUUUGAAAUUGAAAAUCACAGACUUUGGUUACAUGUGUACUGAGGUUAGGGGUCUCACUCCCCUAUAAACUAUAAAAGAAUCUGUGAUGUAUACACCACUAGGUGCAACAACAAAAGAGGAGGUGUCAAGUCUGAGGAAGAGGACUGUUAAGGCAGAAAGGGUGAAACCAUUUCCGCUAAUGCAAGACAAGUCACAGAUAGAGGAAUAGUUCUCCCAGAUAUGUUAGUGUGAACAUCAAUGAGGUUGUUUGUACGUACUGCUUUAACAAUUAGCUAUUUUUGUUAGCUACAGAGACUCAAACACGUAGGGUGAACAAAUAUGAAAUAGGGAUGUUCAGUGAUAACGGUUAACUUACCUUGAUUUUUACAUAAGAUUAUUUACCUUCCUUAAUUGGAGCAAACACAUUUCUUUUUCCAAGAACAUAUUAAAAUAUGUGUUGAUCAUUAAAUCAUUGUGUGCUGUGAAGAAGCUCCAGUCAACUUUAGACCGCAUAAUGACCUUAGGAAUACAUUUUUGAUAAUUAAGUGAUUUAGUGGUCUGUUGGAAAAGAGUUGCAGAGUGCUUAAAUGAAGUGCCACCAUCAAAGUCAUUUGAUGCUACGCUGACAUUUUAAAAAUGCACAUUGUCUCAACUUGCCUGAGGUUUUGUGGAAAAUGACUCGGUGUUAGUCUUCCAGUGUCAUACCUAUCUCCACAGUGUUGCAUCAGCACAAAUUUCAGUCUGUUAUCGUGCAAAACACACUGCCUUGUUCAUAUUUCGUAUUUCUGUCACAGUUGUUUAAGGUGGCCAAGGCCAGGAUGCAGCAAUGGUUGCCCUUCACAACAUUGUUGGGAAUAACUUUCUCUGGUGCAAUAUUUGUGCACUGGAAUUCAAAACAUAAUGUUGACUGUAAUACAUUUUCUGAUUUAAGACAAACAUUGUUUGAUAAUUGGUGUCUUAGUGAAGCUUGCCCAUACCAUAUCUCAUUAAAUUGACUCAUUGAAAUCAUAGAGGAUUUGCUAAAUAUAUGUGGCUCCUGCAGAAAUGUAUUAAAUCGUGAUGACAGAAGCUUGUGUAGAGAGGAGAGAUUGUGUGUGUAUUAGAUAAAAACAAAUAAACUAUUGAUCAUGUCAAAAAAUGUA